CAGAGUCAACACAUCAGCACCCGCAGAGUAACCUUCUUCAUCGUCUCCAGAUCUCAUCCUGUCCUCACAGACAUGUCAGGGAACACUAUUUGGGUAUUCACUCUGCUGGCAGCACUACUAGUAUCCGUCACGGCCUCCUCACUUGAGAGGUCCGCAGCUGGAGACGGUACGGAGACAAACGUCCUGCAGCAGCUUCUGGCCAAGCAGAAGGGGAGCGGCUUGACGAGCAGACUGAAGCCCGUUCUUCGAGCAGAGAGACGGGCACACUUAUCUGAGGAUGAACGGGAGAUGAUGACCAAACAAAUUAUGCAAGCCAUUUCAGAGGUGAUGAACUCCGAGUGCAUGUCAGACCGGGACUACCAAGGCUGGGUGGACUUUGGACGUCGGGAUGCAGAAUGAGGAGCUCAAAUGUACUGCUUUUUGUUCAAACUCUACAUGAAGUCACAACUUUGAUCCCCGUGAAGUUUUAUAAAUAAAAAAACUUGCACAAUUACC